AUGCUGGGAGAGCUGGGGUCUUAUCUGCUGCUGGCCGUGGCACUGGUGGGCCCAGGCCCCAGGGCCCAGGCCAUGAAAGGCGUCAAAUGUGGGGGUGUGCUCUCAGCACCUUCUGGAAACUUCUCCAGCCCCAACUUCCCCAAGCUCUACCCCUACAACAUGGAGUGCAGCUGGCUGAUCGUAGUGGCUGAAGGCUCCUCGGUGCUGCUCACCUUCCACUCCUUUGACCUGGAAUACCACGACACCUGUGGCUUCGACUUCCUGGAGAUCUACAACGGGGCGUCAGGAGACCAGGGGAAUCUGCUGGGGAGAUUCUGCGGCCAGGUGCCCCCGCCACCCUUCACCUCCUCCUGGCAUGUCAUGUCUGUCAUCUUUCACUCAGACAAGCACGUGGCCAGCCGAGGCUUUUCUGCUGGCUACCAGAAAGAUGUGUGUGGUGGCAUCCUGACGGGCCUCUCGGGGGUCCUCACCAGCCCUGAGUACCCCAACAACUAUCCCAACAACAUGGAGUGCCGCUGGGUGGUCCGGACCACUGGCCCCACCACUGUCAAGCUGGUGUUCGUGGACUUCCAGGUGGAGGGCAAUGAGGAGUGCACCUUUGACUACGUGGCCGUGCUUGGAGGGCCUGGCCCUGCUCACGGGCACCACUACUGUGGCAGCACCAGGCCCCCCACCCUCGUGUCGCUGGGCCAUGAGCUGCAGGUGGUCUUCAAGUCUGACUUUAACAUUGGAGGACGGGGCUUCAAGGCCUACUACUACUCAGGAGGAUGCCAAGAGGUGUACACAGCUGUGCGGGGCAAUUUCUCUAGCCCACAGUACCCCCACUCCUACCCCAACAAUAUCCGGUGCCACUGGACCAUUCGCCAGCCCCCUGGCUACAGGGUCAAGGUGUUCUUCCUGGACCUGGAACUGGAGGGGCCCAACAGCCUGACCAGGACCUGUGACUUUGACCAUCUGGCAGCCUUCGAUGGGGCCAGUGAGGAGGCACCCCUGCUGGGGAGCUGGUGUGGCCACCACCUGCCACCACCAAUCACAUCAAGGCACAACCAGCUCCUGCUUCUGCUGCACACAGACCGCAGCACCACCCGCAGGGGCUUCUCGGUGGCCUACAUUGGAGUCGUGCCAGUGAACGUGAGUUGCUCCCGCACGGACUUCCAGAUCCUGAUCUCGGCACAGGCACUGGCCCCACUGGAGCGGACCAAGGUCUACCUGGGCAGCCGGAGCUGUACUGCCCAGGAAGUCGGCAGCACCUUCCGGAUCCAGGCCCGCUUUGACACCUGUGGCACUGAGUCUCAGAGAAGGAAUCACACUUCAGUGAUUGUCAGCAUGCUGUACAUCGACUUCUCGGCUGGCGGGCAGGAGGACAUCCAUGAGUAUGAGGUCCGCUGUGAGCCACGGCGCAAGGAGGCUUCUAUCCACCUGCUGUCCGGCUCAGACUGGCUGGGGCCCUAUGCUGCCACUGCUGAGCACCUUCAGGAAGCGCCACCCAGGGAUGAGGCAGAGGCACUGGAGGGUCCUGUGGCCAUGGUAGCCCAGGACACCAGUGACAUCGUCUUCCUGGGCCUUUGCAUCCUGGCCGGAGUCCUCAUGGUUAUUGCCAUUGUGGUCCUGAUGCUGCUGUGA